GAGAGAGAGAGAGAGAGAGAGAGACACACACACACACACACAGAGAGGGGCGAUUUGCAGCGUUUGCGCGCAGCAUCCAUCAUGAGCAGCGUCGGAGCAUCGCGGUACGCGCAGCGCUCCUGACCGCGAACGCGCCGUGACCGUCGCCGUGUACGCGCAUGAGAGAAGGCGCCGAAGGCCGCCGCUUUCCGGUAUGUAGGAUCCAAAGCCAUGAAAAUGCUGCGCCUCCGGAGCCCGAGCGUGUCCUCGCUCAGCCGGGAGAUCCACUGCACCGUGCGCCUGCUGGACGACUCGGAGAUCGUCUGCACCAUCCAGAGAGACACAAAAGGUCAAUUCCUGCUGGAUCAUGUGUGUAACCACUACAGCCUGCUGGAGAAGGAUUACUUUGGCAUCAGAUAUGUGGAUCCUGAGAAGCAGAGGCACUGGCUGGACCCCAGCAAACCUGUGGUCAAGCAGAUGAAAUGUCAGCAGCCGUACACCAUGUGCUUUCGGGUGAAGUUCUACCCCCAGGAACCCAUCAAGAUCAAGGAGGAACUGACAAGAUACCUGUUGUACCUGCAGCUGAAGAGGGACCUGUACCACGGCCGGCUCCUGUGUCCGCUUGCCGACGCCGCAUAUCUCGGAGCUUGUAUAGUGCAGGCUGAAAUCGGGGACUACGAUGAAGAUGAGCACCCUGCCGACUACAUCAGUGACUUCAAACUGUUUCCCAAACAGAGCCUCAAACUGGAGCGCAAGAUCAUGGAGAUCCAUCAGAACGAGUUGAGAGGUCAGUGUACAGCCCUGGCUGAGCUGAACCUACUCCAGAGAGCACACACUUUGGACACAUAUGGCGUAGACCCUCAUCCCUGCAAGGACUUCACCGGAGCAACAGCAUUUCUGGGAUUCACUGCUCGGGGCUUUGUUGUUUUCCAGGGUAACAAGAGGAUCCACUUGCUAAAAUGGCCGGAUGUCAGCAGAUUUAAGUUCGAAGGGAAAACUUUUUACGUGAUUGGUAUACAGAGAGAGAAGAAACUGGUUUUGACAUUCCACACCUCCACACCAGCAGCCUGUAAACACCUAUGGAAAUGUGGCGUCGAAAAUCAGGCAUUUUACAAAUGUGCAAAAUCUAGUCAGAUCAAGACUGUAUCCAGCAGCAAUAUAUUUUUCAAAGGGACAAGAUUUCGUUACAGCGGCCGUGUUGCUAAAGAGGCGAUUGAAGCCAGUUUGAAGAUCCAGAGGGAACCUCCAGCUGUUCACAGGUGCCAAUUGGGUCAGAGCAGAAGUUUUACCUCACUCAGCCAUAAGCACCUCAUAAUGAACAUGGAGCCUCUGCUGCCAGCGCUCAGCUCAAACAGAGAAUACAGGGAGGCCUCAGCUGAUAGCGGCCUACUGACUUUGAAAGACUCGGUUCAUUUGUUCCCACUGAAGCCAUCCAUGAUGCCAGAAGAACCUGAGCUAGAGGAGACAGAGUUUUAUGUCCAAGAGACAGGACCGGAAGAAACAGCUAUUCCUGGCACUGAACUGGAUGACGAGAGUUGCUUGCUGGAGAUGGAGGAGGAGGAUGAAGACGGGUCUCAUGCCAUCUCAGAUACAGCAUACAGCCCAUGUACAAGUGUAAUGCCCACACCAGUGGAGGAAACGCAGGGUGGUGUUGACUUCCUGUUCCAGAGCCCUGGUCGCUUGCUGAAGGAACUCCACGCUGAUCCGGAAAUGCAGGCGGAGCUUUGGGCUGAGCGGCAGCGAGAACUGACCGAAGAGGCCGUCUGUCAGUCACUGUGUAACCAAUCAAGUGGCACGCCACAGAUCCGGGUGUUCCUCCACAGCGCUGCCCGGCUCAUAGCUGUCGUUUCGAUUCUACUCCUUCUCCUACUGUUUCUCUUGCUGGUCUUGCUGGAGUCCGACUUGGAUGUUUCCUUCCUACAGGACAUCCGAGACACGCCAGAGUUCGAGCAGUUCCACUAUGAGUACUAUUGCCCACUGCGCCGCUGGCUCUGCUACAAAUUCGAACUCCUGACAGAGCGUCUGUGGGGAGACUGACCCAAACCUCUAAUGGUAUAUGGCUACAAGGCCCUCCAUCAGCAGGGAUGAACUUUUGGGACACAGGGAGGGGAAUGGACUGAUCAGGAAGGAAGGUUUGCUCUCAUACAUUGUGCUAUUUUUUUUUUCAGGCUGGAUUCACCCUCAACUGUAACUGUAUGCAAAGCUAUGUAUAUUAGAGGAACUGCAGAUGCUGUCGAGGCAAGUUGCUGAGUUUUAGUGGUAGCGCUGAAUGAAUACAAUAGAUUCGUAGCAAAAAAUGCAGCUAAUCAGUGUGUAUGAAGCUUCAGGAUGAGAUGCACCAACCCAAUUCCUUCAUUUUUCAAUCCAAUACUGAUAUCAGAGCUGUAACUCUCACCUUACAACUGAUAUUGCUGAGAUUAUAGUUUGAGAUCUUGUCUAAACCCAGUAGAUCUUGUCUAAACCCAGUAGAGUUUUACUGGUCAUGAUCGUGUACAUAUCUUUCUCCCACAGAGCUGUUAAAUUCUCACAGCUGAUUGGUCAGAUCCCGUAUACAGCAGCAGUAGUUCAUCUGGUUCAAAUAGGUUUCUGCAGUAACAAGUCAUUUAUUUACAAACACAUUUGUGGCGGUUGUUCCAAGUGAAGGGUUAAAAAUGGAGUGUAACAAUUACUAUGAUGAGAAAAUUAAGAUUUAGUGAACAUUUUUAGGAGUCUCCAGUGUAAGCUUGUUGUUUCAGUCAGAAUUAAAGUGUCAUCAAGGCUUGGCAGUUACAUGACAAGCUUCAUAUUUUUACUUGCUCAAUUCAAGAAAGCAAAAUAAGCAGAAGCUAGUGAAGGAACGACUGUUUGUAGCUGCUAUAACAUAGUGAUAACAGGAAGUGGCAUGUUUCACAGAUGCUGUAUAGCAUAAAAAUGAAAAUAAAAAAAAUAAUUUCGUUGUAAAUUAAAAAUUUUAAUAAUUGACUUGCUGUGGUAUAUGAGGAAUAGGGAUGUGCUGUUAUUGGAAAAUAAGAAUCAGGAAGGUAAUAAUGGUAUGUUCAAAGUCCAAGCACUGAGAGCACUGCAUUGGUAGGUUCUGUAAUAUUUUUCAGGAUGUUGUUUAAAGGAUAAAAAACAGGAAAUUCAAAGUUGAUUUUGGAGGACUAUUUAAAUGGAUUUGCUUGUUAUUAAUGAUUAAUCUCAGUUUAGUUUAUUGGUGUCAUGUGAAGGUUUUGAACAGAAUGUUCUUGUUUUCCAAAUGAAAGCUCUAACUGAUAUAGUCAUGGCAACCAAGCUGGUCCUGUGCAGGCUUUGGAUGUUAUGUACAAAUGGAUUAUAAAAUUUCAAACAUUUCCAGGUCAAUAUCAGUCUGAUUCUGAUAGUCAGUAUUGGAUCGGUGCAUCUGUUGGAGCAGAUGCAUUAAAUUCAUCCCAGCAUGGCAGUAUCCUGUUAUCUACUCAUCUGAUGUUCCAUUGAAACCAGUAGCUACAAGUAAAAAAAAAAAAAAAACAUAUUAGGAUGAAUUAGCACAUUUCAUAUGCAUCAAGUUACAAUUUUGUAGCAAACUCAGAUAAUCCUCAUUGUGGAUCUUUUCAGUUCUCUCUUUAAUGUUACUGUAAUAAUCAUCAGCUUUUGUUCAUAGCGGAAAUUUUGGCUCCUGAGACAAACCUUCCCUUCUUCGCUCCUUAAAGCUACAGCAUUUUGACUCCUCUAAAUAUUUCAUGUGUAGUAAGGACAAGAAAGCUGUACUAAAAAUUUCGAAUCUGUUUUUAAACAUUUUAUACGUUUUUAUGUCAAUCUUACUUUUACUGCAAAAUUUUUCAGCAAAAAAAAACAAAAAACUAACAUCUUAUUUAAACAUAUUUAAUCGGGCCGGGCAGUGGAAGAAAACGAAAUAUUUUUUACUGACAAUUACAUAUCGCUGUGGAUUUAUUUCUUAUAAAGAAUAGCACAAGAAAAAAAAAAAGUCAGAUUAUGUGAUGUCAUGAGCAGAUAUUUUGCAUGGUGAGGAAUGAGAGGGUGUUUGUAAAAGGACAAAUUAUAUAUCAGGUUGCAAGAGGUCAACGCCAGAAAAUAUGCCUUUUAGGGUGUAUGUAGGAUGUUGAAUCAGUUCUGAGAUGGAUCACAAAACAUUAUGCUUAAAUCAGACUACCUACAGGGGUGGACAAAUCAUAGAUUCUUUAGAUUCGUUCACCAGGCAAUUAUACCUGAUUAAUAACAAUUCAUUUAUAACUGCUUAGGCUGGAACAUGGUGGCUGAUAUAAAGUAAUUAUAUAUUGCAAGCCAGUUUUUUCAUUGCAUAUAAUAUUGACUCUCAUCUAACAAAGUGUGAAAUUUAACACAUCAUAUUUACAACCUUGACAAAGUCAGUAAUUAAAAAAUGUCAAAUAUCACUUGCCAUGCCAUCUGAGUGAGCGAGAUGGAAUUGCAUUUUUCUUUCCAGUCAGUUUACAGCAACACUACCCAAACAGAGCUCAUGUAUGUGGAAGAGGGUCAAUUUGGUCCUAUUGUGCUACUCUGAUGCACUUCAUGUGUCUCAUAUGAAGCAUCCGUUGGCUGGGUUUGUACCUUACUUGUACCUUGAUUCAUUAAAUAUAAAAGCUACGAACCAUCAGACUGGCUGACAUGCAAAACAUCUUAGCAAGUGGAAAUACCUUGAAUCUAAUCAACUAUGUUUUUUUUUUUUAAUAAGAUUACAAUAAACUGAAUAUAAGAUUUUUAAGCCAGUUUUUAGUCGUUUUGGUAUUAAAAUGUUUUUUUGGUAAUUUUUAGAAAUCAUCCAUAUGAAGUAAAAAAGAAUGAUCUAAUAAUGGGUUUAAUAUUUUAUGGUUUAUUUCUUUCAUAUAACAAGAAAAUGCUAGACAAACUGGACUACUGUAAGAUGUUUUUACUUGCUGAGAAUAUUUUUGCAGUCAGGGAUUCGACACGUGCUAUUGUGCUUCAUAUUACACGUAGACAUACAAGCUGCACAUCAAAUAUAAUUCUAAAGAAAAGAAUAGAGGCUUUUAUUUAAAUACAAUAAAUAACCCAAAUAGUCCAGACCUAAAAUAUGCUUGUUCUGGCUUUCCUGGGAAAUGAUUUGUCCACUCCUGCAAUAUGUCUCUCCCAUCCAUGCUGAGUAAACACCCUGUCUUAAACACUCAAUCCAUUUUGCUCUAGAAGUCAGGAGUAGAAUAUUUCAGUAGGUCUGAAAAAAAGAAAAAAAAAAAAAAAGGAAAAAAAAAUAUUCAAAAACACCUUUAUUUAAAGAGGUAUGGAAAUCGAGGAGAAGGUAACACAAGGGCUAAAAGACGUAAAGGCGAGGUCAUACUGCGAUCACCCUUGAUCACACGUAUACGAGACGUGUAACGGCGUUCUCAGGACCGCACGAGACUUACUUAAGGAUCUGCAUCCAGCCUAGUGUAUUCUUUACUGCAGCGAACAUGAACAUACUCACUCAUACACGUAGAGUCAUAAUAAGUAUCUUAUUCAUUGCUAUGUCAUUUACAGCUCAUCUGUGUUGUGGAUAUGCUAUUAAUGUACAUACAAAUGCAUUGAGCAUUAACCGGAUCACUUCAUAUUUAUUGUGAUUGUAAAUGUAUAAAUGAUCGGUUCUCCAGCAUAAAUUACUGUGACCAUAGAUGAUCAUUUGUUUUCAUGAGACGUGCGUGCAUUUGAGAAUCUUUUCGUUUUGCUAGUUGUGUAUUGCUGUAGAGUGGACCGCAUGCUCAUGUCUGUAAAUACUGUAAAAAAGAAAAAACAGAAAAAAAAACACCAUAAUCAUUGAACGAGAACUUGUGCAUGCCAUUUGUACGUGAUCUUGUCAUUGCUCAUGUUGCAAGCUUUUGGGCUUUGGGUUCGAACUCGGAUCAGAUUCACUCUGAUCACAGAUGUUUGUAAGAUAUAAGGAUCUUCAGAUCACAUGAUGCUAGUCUCAUUGUUUUUUUUGUUUUGGAUAACCUAAAGUGAUUUGAGAAGGUAAUGCAUCCCAUUGUUUUGGGUUCGUUCAUGAUCUAAUGAUUGCUGCUCUUCAUUCUUGUAUAAUGAAAAGAAAAAAAAAAUCACAAUAAAUAAAAAACAGUAGCAGUAGAAAUGUAGGCAGUAAAUUUUAGACUUGUGCUUUUGUGUGUUACCUCAUGAACACUGAAACUAGAUAACAUAGGGCUCGAGGUUAUUCUGUAGCUAAAACACUCAUUCCAUUUAGGGGUGGACAAAUCAUAAAUUCAUUAGUGAACCCAUUGAGAAAAUCCUCUCCAGACCUGCCUUAGGAAUCUGACAAAGCUAAAAUAUGUGGGCAGUGCAGUGUAUGUAGCGAGCUAGUUUGCUAGUUGUGUACAUUAAUAGAGACAAAAAGAAAUGUUAAAGGUGGUUUAAUAUCUUGUACAUAAUCCUUUAUAUAAUGUAGUGCAUUUUGUUUGCGACCUCAACAAUGAAGUCAGCGUGUCAUUAGCCAAUGUUUCUGCCAAUACUCUUGUGUUCUCCCCAUGCUAGCUUUUUCAAUUUCUGUAAACCAUAAGGUGUUGCAAUAGCUGGAGGGUUAUUUGACAACAUUACACAGACCUUGCUGCUGUUGUUGCCAAAACACCUUUGUUUUCAACAUGUUGUGCAUUCUGAGUUGCUUUUUCGUGCUCAUUGAGGUUGUAAUGUGUUGUUCUUUGAACAGCCAUCGAAUGGUUAUUUGAGCUACUUCUAAGUGGAUGUUUUCCCUCAGCACUAUUCCACGUCAACUCAGAAGACUGAUGUUCUAAGAGAUAGGAAGCUGUCAGUUUCUGAAACACAACCACUGAGAUCACAAAUGUCGCUCAUUUUGCUUGAUGUGCAAAAAUGAACUGAAUUAAGGCACCAUGCUGCCAUAUGGAUGAUUCAACAAUUCAAUGAAUGAGUAUGUAAUGCAUUAUUAUUAAAGCUACUCAUGAGUUCAUAUACAGUUUUCUAUUGUAAGGAUCGAUAAAGUAUAGGGUUCACUGGUCAACUACACCUUAAUAAAGACCUCCUGGUUGAUAUGUCCACCCCUUCCAUAAGUCCAAAUUCACAUUCCAUAUUCACAAAGUUCUAUCUAGUGGAAAAAAAUACACUUUUUUUUUUUAAUAACGAAGGCUUUAUGACAGCAAAUACAAAAUUGGUUAAAAAGCUUUUUGUAGUGUAGACAAAGAUGUUUCAGUCAGUCAUAUUAUAACCAAUGAAAAUGAGUGAACUGCACUCUAUGGACAAAAGUUUGGGGACACCUGAGAAUAAGAUUCAUAUGUACUUCAUGAACAUCCCAUUCCACAUUAAGUCCAAAUUUGCUCUUAUAAUAACCUUCACUCCUCUUGGAAGAUGUUCCACUAGUUGAUUUGUGCACAUUAACCUACAAGGCAGGAACUGAUGUAGGUGAGAUGAGGAGGCUUGAGGUGCAGUCAGCAUUUCAAUUUAUCACAAAGGUGUUCAGUAGGGUUGAUGUCAGAAUUCCUUAGUGGGCCAUUCAAGAUCUUUCAUUCCAAAAUGUAUCUAAGCCAUAUGUUCAUGGAGCUGGAGCUGCACAGGGGCAUUGUCUUGUCUGCUUGAGCAGGUUUGGGUCAUAUGGUGCCCUAAUACUUUUGUCUAUAUAGUGUAUAAACAAACAUGCGCCACACAUAAUUUGUAUUAGUAUUAUUUGGCUCAUGGCCCACAUACAGAUUAUUGUAUAAAUAAUUAGGGUUUGGGGGUAUUGUCCUGCUUCUAGAUGGAUUUUACUGAGAUUAUUAAAAAUGAUAAUAUGACCAAAAUCUUACCCAUAUGGCUACAAGAUAUUUUGCUAGUAGGCACCUGAGGCCUAAACACAACUUUUUUUUAACAAUGUUUUCCAAAUAUAUAGAUAUGGAAGCUAGAUAUGAAAUACACUGCUUAUUUGAAAUGAAUAGGAUGCAUUAAGGAUAAUAAUUUGUAGAAGAUGAAUGUAGGUUGCAUAUAGCUAGAUGUAUCAUUCCAUAUUAUCGUUUCACACCAUAUUCAUCUGUUUAAAAAUUCUAAAAUAUUUAAAUAUUCACAACUUUUAACUUGUUGUGUAAAGUGAACUCGUAAGUCACAAACCGAACAUUUCAUUUGUUUAAAAAUUCGAUGGGAAUUUGCUAAAAGUUGAAGUAAACGGCUGAUUCAUUUUGGUUUCUCAAACUUUUUUAAAUGCUUAAAAAUGCACAAUUCAGUGUCCCAAACUGCUAUUCAUUGACAUUUUAUUCUUUUGUUUUUGUUGUGUCACUGUUAUAAUGAUGCAGGUCGAACAAAUAGACUUGCAAGUGAAGCAACACCUUUCCCUUAUGAAUAUUUAUGAAUCACACAGUGUGAUCAAUGAAAAUAUGCAACUUUGGAAAACAUCUUUACUGUGUUGGUAUAUGCAAAUUAGGUUAUAUUUAUGUUUGUUUGUUUUAGCAAAAGUUGUUUUACCCUGAUUUGCAAGAUGUGUUGAAAAGACAAAGUUUUUAUUUUUCUUUGCAUGGCUAACAAAACUCUUUGACAUGUUUUUAGUUUGGUCUUUUAUUUGGUCAGUUCUACAAAUGCAACUCUGGGAAUAUAAGAUAUAAAAAAAAAGCCCAGUUUGUGGAACACUGGGACUCCAAGCCUUAUGAAGUUUGUAAUGUCAAUUGUUUCUAUGUUCAUUUACGGAUUGUUUUAUAUGUUAGAAUUGCCACAAUAAAAUUCCCAAAUUGAAGCA